AGAGAGAGCGAGAGAGAUGUCGGCCGCUUCCCAAGUAGAUCCACAUAACGAGAUGAGAGCCAGAGAUGUGAACAAGGUGGCAAGAGGAGAGCAAGCUCCUAGGCCUACGCAUGAAUACGGCUCCAUCAAUUCAGCCCCUCCUAAACCCAAACCUAAGGACCCUGCUGCAGCCGAAAUCAAGGUUGAAGAUAACCCACCUGCGAGACAUUGCUAUGCAAGUUACGUACAGUACUACAAGUGUAUCAAGGAGGAGGGCAAGGUACCUAAAUGCGAGAGGUUUGAAAAGAAUUACAGGUUGUUAUGUCCUGUUGAAUGGAUUGAGAGGUGGGAUGAAGAGCAAAAGCUUGGAGUGUUUGCUGGCCCAAUUUAGACUUGAGAUUAUAAUUUUGGAUAUUGCAUAUGUACCCUACUCUUCGUAAUUAUAUGAAA